AUGUCCUUGACUGAUUCCGCGGCAGUUGAUGUCGCCCGGAGCGCAUCACUUGCCUCUCGUCGCCUCGCAAUUCUACCAAACGCUGCCCGCAACGAAGCUUUAACGGCGCUUCAUCAUGCGCUGGAUACGAACCGAGAGAUCAUCCUUGCCGCCAAUGCUAAGGAUUUAGAAAUCGCUACUCGUGCGGCUGAGAGCGGUAGCUUGAAUCAUAGUGUGCUCAAGAGACUUGACCUGUCACGUCCCGGAAAAUAUGAUGACAUGUUGGAUGGAAUUUUGAGUGUUCGAGACUUGGAUGAUCCUAUUGGGAAAGUGUCCCUGCGGACUCUCCUAGACGAUGGUCUGACCCUGGAAAGAAUCAGUUGCCCUAUUGGUGUCCUGCUUAUUAUCUUCGAGGCACGCCCAGAGGUUAUAGCAAACAUUGCUGCGUUGGCUAUCAAGUCAGGGAAUGCUGCUAUCCUAAAAGGCGGGAAGGAAUCCAUGGAAUCUUUCGCAGCAAUUGCCAAAGUUGUCUCUGAAGCUAUUGCCAGCUCUCAGGUGCCGGUAUCAUCGAUCCAGUUGGUCAAGACACGCGAUGCGGUGUCCUCUCUCUUGGCCCAGGAUUCAUUAAUUGACUUGGUCAUCCCUCGGGGUUCCAACGAGCUUGUCCGUUUUGUGAAAGACAAUACGAAGAUCCCCGUUCUUGGACAUGCAGAUGGCCUCUGUUCUGCCUACAUACAUGCCGACGCUGAUAUCGAUACCGCCGUGAAAGUCAUUGUCGACUCGAAGACGGACUAUCCGGCAGCAUGCAACUCUUUGGAAUGCUUACUAGUGCACGAGGACACCCUCGAUUCGGUGUUCCCGGCGGUAGCGACUGCUCUACUAGACAAAGGCGUGUCUCUUCGUUGUGACGCUGCCUCGCGGUCUGCCUUGGCGAAGACUCUGCCAGCCGAGAAGGUAGCACAGAUACAAUUGGCAACCGAAACCGACUACAACACCGAAUUUUUGGACCUCGUAUUGGCAGUGAAAACGAUCCCGUCCUCGGGCUCACGGACCUCAGCUGUGGAGGCUGCCAUUGCCCACAUAAACGCGCAUUCGUCCAAGCACACAGACCUUAUUUUGACUCAAUCGCAGGAGGCCGCGAACAUGUUCACCAGCGGAAUUGACAGUGCGGGCGUUUUCUGGAACGCAUCGACCAGAUUUGCCGAUGGGAUGCGGUUUGGUUUUGGGACGGAGGUUGGCAUCAGCACGAACAAGAUACAUUCCAGAGGGCCAGUUGGACUUGAGGGUCUGACUAUCUACAAGUAUUUGAUCCGGGGAAAUGGCCACGGGGCAGCCGACUACCAUGAUGGGGUAGGUGGGCGAAAAUAUCUCCACACAAAGCUACCUACAGGCCAGUGA